AUGAUUUGGGGCGCUGGUAAAGUCGGCAGGCGCUUUUACAGGGCUUUAAAAAAUGAGAAUCGCCGCAAAGUGACAGCAUUUUGCGACAUCGAUGAGAAGAAACUUCACUGUGGACGCUACGAAUAUUUUGAUCGCGAACAACGCAGAGUUACUAGUAUUGUACCAGUGAUUCCAUUGAGGUAG